GUCUGUGGAUGACAGCAGACCUGGAGGACCGAAACAAGUGUCGGUGCCACUCUUUUAAGAAAGAAGUGAAGCUAGAGAAGAGCUUAGUUUCUCUUAAAGUAGCUAGCUAGUCUAUUUAUUGCUCCGCGCCGAGGUCUAGUGGAAGUGCUUCAGCGACGGUUCGGUCAUUUUAAGCCACGAAGCAUAAGGAGGAAGACGACGGACAAAGCUAACUUAACGCUAACGUUAGUCUGAAUUCCAUUCAGAACCCGGCGGCUUUUUUUCUCCAGUAACAGCCUCAACAUCUCCUGGAUGCAAUGACCGACUCGGUUGGGGACAGCAAGGCGGAGGUGAAACAAGCCACGAAAUAUGUCAAAGAGACCGAAAACGUUGCGGAAAAAUAUUCAGCGUUGACUGUCAGCAAGAACAGCAGUGAUGUGAAUAUGAACGUUGGGGAAAUGCCUUCCGCAGCGUUCACCGCAGUCCCUACUCUGAAAUCUGUCAAGAAGAUCCAGUUUGCGAACACAGAGGACAAACAAGAGUUCAGCAAAUACCCCACCAAGGCUGGCCGCCGCUCCCUCUCUCGGUCCAUCUCGCAGUCCUCUACAGACAGCUACAGCUCAGCUGCAUCCUACACUGACAGCUCCGAUGAUGAAACCUCCCCCCGGGACAAAGCGCAGGUCAACACCAAUGGCAGCAGUGACUUCUGUGUGAAGAACAUCAAGCAGGCCGAAUUUGGCCGCCGUGAAAUUGAAAUUGCAGAACAAGACAUGUCUGCCCUGAUUUCCUUGAGGAAGAGAGCCCAGGGGGAGAAGCCGCUGUCUGGGGCGAAGAUAGUAGGCUGUACCCAUAUCACUGCUCAGACUGCAGUCCUGAUCGAGACUCUGGUAGCCCUCGGGGCCCAGUGUCGCUGGACUGCCUGCAACAUCUACUCCACUCAGAAUGAGGUGGCCGCUGCUCUCGCUGAAAUAGGGGUACCUGUGUUUGCAUGGAAGGGUGAGUCAGAGGACGACUUCUGGUGGUGCAUCGAUCGCUGUGUCAACACGGAGGGCUGGCAGGCCAACAUGAUCUUGGAUGAUGGCGGAGACUUAACCCACUGGGUGUACAAGAAGUAUCCCAGCGUCUUCAAGAAGGUCCGGGGCAUCGUAGAGGAGAGUGUCACUGGAGUGCACAGAUUGUACCAGUUGUCUAAGGCUGGCAAGCUGUGUGUCCCUGCCAUGAAUGUGAACGACUCAGUCACCAAGCAGAAAUUUGACAACCUUUACUGCUGCCGUGAAUCUAUCCUGGAUGGCUUGAAGAGGACCACAGAUAUAAUGUUUGGAGGCAAACAAGUCGUCGUGUGUGGUUAUGGAGAGGUGGGGAAAGGCUGCUGUACUGCUCUAAAGGCCCUUGGAGCCAUUGUGUGCAUCACAGAGAUUGACCCCAUCUGUGCCCUGCAAGCAUGCAUGGACGGCUUCCGAGUGGUAAAGCUGAGUGAGGUCAUCCGGCAGAUGGACGUGGUGAUAACUUGCACUGGCAACAAGAAUGUCGUCACCAGAGAACAGCUUGACCGAAUGAAGAAUGGCUGCAUCGUCUGCAAUAUGGGACACUCCAAUACUGAGAUUGAUGUGGCGAGUCUGCGCAGCCCAGAGCUGACCUGGGAGAGGGUGCGCUCUCAGGUUGACCACAUCAUCUGGCCCGAUGGAAAGAGGGUUGUUCUGCUGGCAGAGGGCCGCCUCUUAAAUCUGAGCUGCUCCACAGUGCCUACGUUUGUUUUGUCCAUCACUGCUACAACUCAGGCCCUGGCCCUGAUUGAGUUGUUCAAUGCUCCAGAGGGCCGUUACAAACAGGAUGUGUAUCUCCUGCCUAAGAAGAUGGAUGAGUAUGUGGCCAGUUUGCACCUACCAAACUUUGAUGCCCACCUGACGGAGCUCUCUGACGAGCAGGCCAAGUACAUGGGUCUUAACAAGAACGGCCCCUUCAAACCUAAUUAUUACAGGUAUUAAUGAGAGUGUCUGUUGCUGUGAUCCAUUACACACAGUUGUCCUGGGAUAAACAGAGAUAUCUAUUUUAUUUUCUAAAUUGCUACAAAAUGGAGGAAUUAUUUUAAUGAUGCUGAAUGUAACUUAUUAAUAACCCUUCAGACAUAGUGUUGAAUAUGAAAAAUAAGACAUGUAGGAAACAUAAUGUAUAACGUAUGUUAAAAAGAAAAAGCCUGCUUGCAUGCUUUCAUGUGUAUGUACUUAUUUAGCUGCUAACGCUUCUGUUGCUAGAUCACAAAGUUGUUGAUUUGUUUGUUCACCCUAUUUACGCACUGUGCCAAAUUAUGGCUGUGAGAAUGGAACAGAAACCAUGUAUUUUUUGUGUGUUGAUGACAUUAAGCUUGUAUUAGUACAUUUCACAAGACAGGGUUUGGGCUGAGCCAAAACAAACUCUUAAUAAAAUACAUUAUUUUAGAAAUGUUUUUUAUACAUGCUUUAAAUAAUCUCAUUGAAUGGUAUCUGCUUACAUGCCCUAAAAGUUAUCAGCCAGUCACCCUUUUUAUUACAACAAAGUAUAGUGAUGAAAUAGAGCACUUGUUGUUUAUUAUAACAAUUUAUAAUAGCCUGUGAAAGGCUGAGUUCAUUCUAAAUUCCUGACUUGGUGUUUGCAUUCAACACUCACCCUAAAAUGAUCUUAAAACACCCACAGGUUUUUUUUUUUUUUUCUUCAUUUGCUUACUCCAAUUCUCACUGAUGAGCAGCGUGGGUUACAAAGUGUUUUGACUGGACAAUACCUUUUAAGGCCAUAAUAUGAAUGUGCCUUUUUAAAUCAUUCACAACACGUAAAUAUCAGCACUCAAAUUAAUAAGCAUUCCUUUUUUGUAAAACCAUCUCUUAGUGGUACAUUUAAUGUCCUCCUUCCACGGCUUCUGGUAUUAAUUGUGUAAUGUGUGUUGAGAAAAAAUAUUUGACUUUUAUGUUUGCUAUAAGAUUGUCACUGUCUUAAUUUGAUCCAACAGGGUCACCUACAGUCAAAUUUCAUGUGAUCAAAAUGCACCAGUGUAUUCUAUGUAUGUAAAAUAAUGCAUUAAAUCAGCAAUAAAGCAAGU